GGUCUCCCUGUCUUCUCUCUCCCUGUCACUUACCUACAGGUGGCUUCACUGUAGCAGGAUCUUCCCUUCAAACACUGAGAAGAAAACAGGAGUAGUCUUCAGAGCAACUGUCUGACAUCUUUCUCCACCAAAAUGGCUGGCCUGUGCUGGAUGGCUGUGGUGCUGGCCUUCUUCCUGUCUGCUGGAAACAGUUUGGCUGCUGUGGAUGACAAAUGGCUCACAAGUAUUGUAGAAGGCAUCAAGAAAGAGUAUGCACUUGGUGACACCUUCAGUCUGGCUGUAAAUGUCCCACAGAACGAAGAACCGAAUAAUCUUCAGCAAGUCUUUGAGGAUGACCCAGCAGACAAAGUGAAACAAACUGUUUCAAAGGGCCUAGUGUACCAGGGAACCAGGGUGGUAGCAGCAGCACAAUCAGGGGCUGUGUCACGUGUUCUACAAAACAUGAAACCCUUAACUGAAAACAGUCAAGGUAAUUUCCUCAUCAUCUACUCUGAAGAAUCCUCCCGUGGUGCAACAACAUAUGCAAAUAAGGAUGGUAUAACUAGUAAGAUAAAUGAUGUCAUUCAGAACUGGAGUGGUUAUGCAUUUGUGUUUUCUAGAAAAGUCGAUGUUCCUGGUGCAGACACGUCUCAAAUGCCUGAAUCCUUUAAAAAACUUGGGAUUUCUAAACUUGGGCUUGACAACAUAUUCCGUUGUUAUAAACCUGUCGAUGAUCCUUUUCAGUGCACCAGCUGCUCAGGUAGUACACCCUCAUGUGUUGCAAACAAAGCGACAUCAAAUGAAGAACAAGGACAGGGCGUGGAAAUAAGUACAGUCUCACCAACAGGCAAAGACACAGGCAAACAAAUAGCACCUGGCGAAGAAAUGGGUGUAAAUGGGUGUGGAAAAGGGGGCAAGGUGAGAGGACAAUGCAAGCGUAGAGGAGGCAGCAGGCAUGGAAAAGGUGGCAAGAUUGGAAGACAAUGUAAGCGUAGAGGAGGUUGUAAGCGCAGAGGAGGAAGAAGGCUUGGAAAAGGUGGCAAGGUUGGAAAAGGGCAAAAGCAAAGAAGAGGAGGCAAGGGCAGAAGACAAGCUAAGCGUCAAGGAGGGUACAGAGGCAAACCUAAAAGACGGGGCAUGGGUAGAAGACGCAGCAAAUAUAGAAUAACAGGUAGACGUAGGAGCAAGGGCAGAGGUAGGCGUAGAAAUGUUUGGGGACUGCAAUAAUACAGGUAAAAUUACUCUGUAAGAACCUGUGAAUGUGGGCAGCAGUCCAGUAAAGCUUACUGAGAAAAAAACAAGAAAAUAACUAAAUAAAAAUAAUAAUGCUUCUUUUGAUUCCCAUAGAUUUAAUGACUCUCUUCUUGGGCAUUUAAAAUUUUUCAACGUCUACAUCUAUACAGCACCAGAGCUUUGGCACUGAUACUGAAAGGAUCCAUUUUUUUAAGCUUUCAAAUGCAUAUGGCUGGCUGUGUUCGGUAUUUUUUUUUCUUUUAUUGUCAACAAAUCUCAUGAAAAGUCCAAUACCAACAAUGAAUGUAUCCUUCUAACAAAUAUAGUAUGUGUAUCCAAAGCAUAAUAUAGCUUCUUCCUCUAUGCCAUAGAGUUCCAAUGUUGUUCAGAAAGCAAAUCAAAACCACCGCAAUGAGCCAGACUGUUGCUGUAUUCGGACAUCAGGGUGGGCCUGGAACCACAUUCAGGGUAGGGAAGUCAUAAAGUAUUUAGAGAUGUAAGACAUUGUUGGUUUUGGUGUUGCAUGGGAUUUGUCUUAGUCAGCAGACUUUUAAUAUCAGAAAACAACACACUUACUCCAUCAUUGGGGUGGUGCCUUAAUGCUAAUGGUAGUGGUAAUUCAAGAGGGACUUACCCUGAGCCAGCAACAAAAGCAUGCAGCAUUCAACAGAUGUCUUACUAUGCCAACCUUUUCCAAAUGUCAGUAUUUAAUGUUAUCUUGACCGAACAAACACAUGAGAGCUUUUUUCCAAAAUUGAAGAGUCUACAAAUGUAUAUAAUCACAAUUUGAAUCUUUAAGCAUCUGACCGUUCUAUUGCUGCAGACAAUUCAGUCACUCAAAAGGUAUUAGGCUUUGAAAUACCCAGUGUUUUUAUUUGGUCCAAACCAAAAUGUCAGAUUUUUUUUCAUUUGUUUGCAUAAUUAAUUCUGAUGACAAGAAAGCAUGAAACUAUGAAUGUUUUUUUUUUUUCCCUGCAAGCAAACCUAACUAAACAGAGACGCUGCUUCUGAUUUUGAGAGGCUAAAAAAUGCAUGUGAAUAUAAAGUGCAAAUAGUUCAAAUAAGGUCAAGCAAACAUGCUGGUACUAGAAAUUUGGAAAACUGGAAAACAAAAGUAGCUCAUAGCUGUCUUACAAUCACAAUCUGAAAAUAAAAUGUAAUGUAUUAUUAGUAAUUAUUAUCUUAUUUGUUUCUUUAAUCUGCAUUUCAGAGCCUUGGUAUCUAUGUUUUGAUUUGACUGUUAAUUAGCUGAGGAGGAAACAUUCGGUGCUUGUUUUCAUUUUGUUUCUAGUUUCACAGUAAUGCUCUUUACUUGCAUUAUUAAAUUAAGACAAAGAAGAGAAUAGGAGGAUUAAUAAUGUAUAUUUAGUAAUGGUACUAAAUCUUUUCUGUACAGCAUUGCCAAAUCAUCUGGUGUUCUUUCUACUUUCUGAUUAAAGCUUGGCUCAGCGUCCA